AUGGCACUUAGGGCAACAGGUGCGAAGCGUCUGAUAUGUAGCCAGGUACCACACCUCACCGGAGGGUUAUUACCCAUCCUACAUAGUCCGACAUCAUGGCGUACACCAGCUUCCUCCCACCCCAUCUGCGGAAGAAGGCCAUGCCGUGCACUAGUGCUUCCUUGGACACACAGGAACCACACCGCCACCAGCACCAGCACCAGCAGCAGAGCGACGGCUACGAGAUUCGCGUUUCCAUCUCGGCACCACCCAUAUGCGGAGAAAGGCCAUGCCGUGCACUGGUGCCUUCUUGGACAGCAAGAUCCACACCGCCAGCAGCACCAGCAGCAGAGCGACGGCUACGAGAUCAUCUCGGCACCACCCCAUCUGCGGAAGAAGGCCAUGCCGUGCACUGGUGCCUUCUUGGACACGCAGGAUCCACACCGCCAGCAGCAUCAGCAGCAGCAGAGCGACGGCUGCGAGCUUCGUGAUGGCAAUACCUGCGCCUCCUCUCCGAAGCCAGAUCGUGCGACAGCAGGUGCUCCGACUGCCCUGCCACCGCAACCCGCGUCGGCUCCAAGCUAUGCUGAUCACGCCGAUCUCGGCCUUUUACUUACCACAAUCAUCAGCACUUCCACAUCCGCCAUCAUGGCGUCCACCAGCUUUAUGCCACCCCAUCUGCAGAGAAAGGCUAUGCCGUGCACUAGUGCCUCCGCCUCCUAUGCGAAGCCAGCUUGUGCGACAACAGGUGCUCCGACCGCCUCGCAACCCGCGUCGGCCUCAAGCUAUGCCGAACUGACUCCACCGGAUAGUCCACACACGGAGAGCGAGAAACUGCUUGCAAAUCUGCAUUUGGCUUCGCUAGAGGAUACCUCCGCGACUCUCUACGAGAUUGAGGAUAAGCCUGAAGACGAGAACGAGGAUGAGGAUGACAACUAUAGCACCGACAAUGAGUUCGUGUCUGGCACGGAUUCUGACGAUGAUGAUGGUUUCUAA